GGGGGGUAUUUCCGCUCGAGGCGAGAACUUGGCACUUCCCCGUCCCCCAGCUGUGUCACUGCCAGGCAGGAGAGGCCAAGGGCACCCACAGUGGCACAGGACACGCCGGGCAGCCCCAGUGAUGCCCCUUCCCUGGGCCUGAGGAUGGCCGUGGAGCUGAAAGCCCUGUUCCUGCUGGCGCUCUGCUUCCCAGGUCUCCAAGGCCAAACCCCAGAAGUCCAGAGACGACGGGAAGGGGACACUCUUCACGUGCUGUGUCCUUAUGAAGCGUGGACUACUAACCACCAGGAAAAAUUGUGGUGCCUCCUGAGAUCUGGAGACUGUAAAGAAAUCCUGCGCACAUACUAUGAAAUCAGCGUGCAAUCCAGGGAUAAGAGGACUGAAAUAAAGGAUAACACGAGUAGCAGGACUGUGUCUAUCACCAUGACUAACCUCAAGGCAGAGGACUCGGACACGUAUUUCUGUACUGCUUACAACGGCUACAAAGGGGGAUACCCACAGCUAAGGACCAUCUCACUGAAUGUUUUCAAGGAGCUGCUCAAGUGGGAGCUGGACACGCUGAGGGUGCAGUGCCCGGCGGGGUACGGCAUGGUGUGGUGCCGAGGAGGGCAGACGGGCUGCACGGCCCUGCUGAGCAGAACAGCUUCAAGGGAGAGCGAGAUGAAAUCCCUGCGAGACAGAGCAUCAGUGGAGUAUAACUCUCAAAAGGCUCUUGUUGUCACCAUGAGGAACCUGCAGGUCUGGGACUCUGGGGUGUACUGGUGCGCCCUGGGCCCCGAGCUCAGCCGCAGAAUGGAGGUGGUGCUCUCUGUGUUCAGGAGGACCCAGCAGCACAUUGCCAAGGAGUCAGGCAACAUCUCUGUCCAGUGUCACUACAGGACCGCAGACUUCGGGGCUGUCAGCAAAGCCUGGUGCAAAACAAAGCAGGGGGAAACGUGUGACGUGCUGGCCAGCACCAGAGCCGAGUCCCCUGCAGGGAACAGCACGGCCUGGGGAGGUGUCAGGAUCCAGGAUGACACCCAGCAGGGCAUUGUCACUGUCACCAUGGAGCAGCUGCAGGUGCAGGACUCGGGCGUGUACUGGUGCGCGCUCCAGGACGGCUCCGGUCUGCUCCGCAUGGAGGAGGUCACGCUCAGCGUUUCCAAGGCAUUGCCUCCAGGAGGUUUUCCAGACUCUGAAAGCCAAAGUGAAGAAAUUCUUGUGGGUGACAGCUGCAGUGGGAACACCUUCCUCAUCCUCUCCGUGGUGCUGCUCCUGCUGCUCCUGCUGGCCCUCCUCACCUCCGCAGCUCUGGGUGUCAGGUACUCCAGGCUCCUGCUGGCAACAGGUAACAGAGAAGCAGAGGACACCAGUGGCAGACCAGAGGGCACAGCACAGCCUGGCAGCACUGGGAGGAGGGAACGUUCUCAGGAUGACAGCAAAGGGCCAGCACACAUCAACCUGGAUGUGCAAUCCCACUCCAGCCUGGAGGAGCCUCUUUACUGCAACGUGAAGCCGAGCCCGGCUCCCGGGAGCUGCCAGCACAUGGAAUACGCCGUCAUCGCCUUCAACCAGUCCCCAAGGACCAGCAGGGAGUGAAGCACAGAAUCCCCAGCAAGGCAGAAAUAUGGGGAAAAGGACCUGGAAUAGAGUGGGAAUGAGGACUAGGAGGAGUGUGGGUGCACAAGCUGAGUUUUGCUGCUGUGUGGGUGGUGUUGCCUGAGCAUUUUCAGCUCUCCCUCCUGUUUUAGGUUUUGCCACACUCGGGUCAGGCAGAGCUGGGGGGGAAUCCCCAGGAUCUCUUGUAAAUCUGCUUUUCCAAUUCCAUUAAAGUGCAGUCUUGGAGAGGCAGGUGUGGAGGCCUGGCCUUUGGAAAAGGAGCAGUGUGGACAUGGCUGGGUGGGAUAUCCCAGCUGUGUCCUGCUACAAACCCUGCCCCAAUCCCAAAAAUUCAGCUGCUGUGGCCAAGCAGACUCAUUCCAGUGCUGCAGGGAUGGAACUCAAACCCUGCUGUGGCUGGGCUCAUUUUUCAUGGAAUGGGCUGAGGAUGGAAGUGCUGGAUUCUAAGAAUAAGCAGAACCAGCUCCUGCACUUCUGCCUCUGCUGGAAACGCUCCAAAUGACACGUUUUAUUUAGCAGUCAUGUGGGGAGCAACAUGAAAUGACUUUAUGGGGCUCAGUUCCAUUUCUCCAGGAGCUUUGGCUCCUGAUUUCCCUGCCCCAAGCCCUGUUGGAGGUGCCUGAACCAGCCCUCAUUCCCAGGCCAGUCACAUCCAACAGGCUUCUCUUGACAGGGCUGCAGCAGGGAGGCUGAUGGAAAUUUUUUGAGAUUUUCAGAGUUGACCUGGCAGAAAGAAAAAGAAAACGGUUCUGGAAAUGGUUCAUUCAGCCCAACAAUUUGCUCUUGGUGCAGUUGCCCUGGGUCAAGCUGUGGAAGAGUAAUAGCAAAAAACCGUGGAGUGGAAGAGAGGCUUUUUUGGGGAGAUUCUUGAAGAGAGUCCGUAUUUGUGCUCACUGGAAUGAGAAGGAACAAAAGCUGAAGUCAGUCACCUGACAAAGAAUUUCUGGUCACUGUGAGGGACCAUUUUUUCAACCACUAACUGGAGGAAAGGCACAUUUAGGAAUGACGAGGCCUGCAGGUUUAGCACCACACCAGUUUCGAAGUCAGGGUCUAUUUGUACUUUCAUGGAAGACCUCCAAAUAAAUAAAUCACCUCAAAAAUGAAA